AUGGGCCUCAACCAUCAGCUACCGCGGAACCACCCACUGAUCGUGUUUUUUGGGAACACGCUCAAAAUGAGCCACGGUGAUGGUUCCAUGGCAGCUGAUAACUACGUGGCCAACGUCUUACGCGUGUUGAACUAUGUACACCAGCAUCUGGUGGACAGCGGAUUUCCGCCAAGGCACUGGUCAGACUCGGGGUUGCAGUCGUCACCCGUGCCGUCCGAACAAAUUGGCUUGUCGUCUCCACUUAGAGGCAACGACGUUGACUGGAAGGACGUAACCGACAAUGACGACGAAGACAUCAGACCAAGGCGUCGGACCUGCGCCGAGACUUUGGCGAUGAACAAGGACACUCUGAUGGUGAAAUACUGUCCACUAUGUGAGUUCAUGACAACCAGUAACAAGCUGAGUCGCCAUAUCGCCAACAAACACUCAGACAAGAUACGGAAACCCAGGAAGGUUAACAUCAAACAUAUUUGUGCCUUCAUUACGUCUGAGUCAAGAAAGUCGUACUCGGUCAUCCCAAUGUCGGUUAUCAAACGGACGCCGGGAGCCUUUUGGGACGACCGCUCAUACAGGGCCACCGCCCACCAGCUCACCGUCAUGGGAAGGAUGAAGGUGUACGGAGGAUCUUGGGACCUCCCCGGAGUCCCCGUUACCACGAAUCCCUUCCGGGCCUACAUUUUAAACGUCGACGACGUUGCAGACCGGUACACGCGUUGUUUACCCCCACCGGUUCCACAGCCGCAGCCUCCAGUAUCGGCAACCGGAAUCACACCACCGGUCCCGAAGACACCACUCGCUCCGGCCAGAGCCGAAAAACCGUCCACCACCGCCGUCCCACCCGAGCCUAGCCCCACCAAAGGUCUUCAUUCGGUUUGUUCAUUGAGGAUUAAAUUCAAGGAUUCCGGUCCGACAUGCAGUGUUUAUAUCGCUUGA